AUGAGGAAGAGAGACCAAGAGACAAAAGAAGUGGAAAAUAUUUCCACAUUUGUGAAAUGUGGCUAUGCAGGCUCAAAUUUUCCGGAGCACAUUUUUCCAGCUUUGGUUGGAAGACCCAUUAUAAGAUCAACUGCUAAAGUGGGAAAUAUUGAAAUCAAGGAUCUCAUGGUUGGUGAUGAAGCAAGUGAGUUGCGCUCAAUGCUGGAAGUGAAUUAUCCAAUGGAGAAUGGCAUAGUUCGGAACUGGGAUGAUAUGAAGCACCUCUGGGAUUACACGUUUGGACCAGAAAAACUUAAUAUUGACACAAAAAAUUGUAAAAUACUACUCACAGAACCUCCCAUGAAUCCAACUAAAAACAGGGAGAAGAUCGUGGAGGUUAUGUUUGAAACAUACCAGUUUUCUGGGGUGUAUGUAGCCAUUCAGGCUGUUCUUACUUUGUAUGCUCAAGGUUUGUUGACUGGUGUUGUUGUGGACUCUGGAGAUGGUGUAACUCAUAUUUGCCCAGUUUAUGAGGGUUUCUCUCUUCCUCACCUCACCAGACGGUUAGAUAUUGCUGGAAGGGAUAUCACUAGGUACCUCAUUAAGCUCCUCUUGCUGCGAGGAUAUGCUUUCAACCAUUCUGCUGAUUUUGAGACUGUUCGCAUGAUCAAGGAAAAGCUGUGUUAUGUGGGAUACAACAUUGAACAGGAGCAGAAACUGGCACUAGAGACCACAGUACUAGUUGAAUCCUACACGCUCCCAGAUGGCAGGAUUAUCAAAGUUGGUGGAGAACGAUUUGAGGCACCAGAGGCUCUCUUCCAGCCUCACUUAAUCAAUGUAGAAGGGGUUGGUGUGGCUGAACUGCUCUUUAACACCAUCCAGGCUGCUGACAUUGAUACCAGGUCUGAAUUCUACAAGCAUAUUGUGCUGUCUGGAGGGUCCACCAUGUACCCCGGGCUGCCUUCACGACUGGAGAGGGAACUGAAACAGCUCUACCUGGAACGAGUUCUGAAAGGAGAUGUGGAGAAACUCUCGAAAUUCAAGAUCCGAAUUGAAGAUCCACCUCGUCGGAAGCACAUGGUGUUUUUGGGUGGCGCGGUUCUAGCAGACAUCAUGAAAGACAAAGACAACUUCUGGAUGACCCGACAAGAAUACCAAGAAAAGGGAGUGCGUGUGCUGGAGAAGCUUGGCGUGACUGUUCGAUAAAUCCCAAAGCUUGUUCCCAUCACAUGUCUAAAGCUUUCUUUCUUUCAUUGCCAAUCUCUGAACUCACUCAGCUACAUGCUAUGGAAAGGCCUGUCUGUGGCCUUUUGACCCAAAGGUCAGGUUUUGUUCUGGUUUCUUGGGGUAGCUUUUGUUAAACUGUUUCUUAAUGUGGCUGAAUUUGACUAUUAAAUUUGACCACUUCCCUGCAAACAAAACAGAGCAAGAGCAGCCUGUCUACUUCAUUGUUCCUUCCCAGUAGGCAAUUGGGUAAUUUUGGUAGGCUUUUUCUUCUGGGUUUAUUGCUGUUGUACUGCUAGCUUUUGUCUCUAGUUCACAAGGGGUUGUGUGCCUUUUUUAGCAUAAGAAAAACUUAAACAGGAGUUUUUGCUCUUGGAUCGUUGUGGUGGUUAUCUUUGCAUCUUUUUGCCUCUCUCUCUACGUUAAGAUUAUUUUAUUUUUUGUUCUUUCCUGCAAUUAGGAAUUUUGAUUGAACAUGGUUAGAAACUAGUUAAACUAGAUGGAAUGGCUUUAACACACCGUUUCGACGCACUGCUGCCUAAACUGGCUUCUGAGGUGGUUUAUCCUUAAAAGGUGGUGGUGGGGCUUUUGAACUGUAUUUCUCUAAGUGGGCAUGUACACAGUUGCCACAAAUAGAGAAACACCUGGAUAUUCUGGCAAAUGUUAAUUUGUGGCCUUAGGUGUCUUUUUUUGGAGGGAGGAGAAAGUUUUGAGCUGCAUUGCUUUUCUGUUAAGGGACAGCUGGGGGUCAGUCUGACCAAAAAUGCCUCUUUUUAUAGCUAAAUUUUGGUACUGUGUCGUCUCAGCAUAGGGAGCAAGAAUGUUAAAUUAGGUAUUCUGUAAUUGUUGAGAAACAGGCAUGCUGAGACGUGAGCCUCUAAACUUAUAAAGAGAUUUAAUACUUUCAGAAAUGCUUGUGAAAACUGUAACUAUAGAUAUUAAAAACCCCAAAACUACAUUUUAAAAGUCUGAUGUUUGAAGCGCUUUUAUGUACAUCAGAAGCACUUCCGUUAAACUUUACAAGUAUAUUAACCUAGUGCCAAGUAGUUACUGCAAAUUAAUAUUUCAAUGACCAAUGUUUAUUGCAGGGAGCAGAUUAUUUAUAAACAACCACUGGCAGUAGGUUAUAAAGAAUGACCUAUAUUUGUUCCAGUUUAAAAAUAACAUUGGAAUACUAGAUGUUGUUGGUUGGUAAAUAUCCACAAUUCAUUUUGUCCAGUCUUGAUUUUUGAUACUUAACAUGGGAUGGGGAAGGAAGUGAAAACCAAUGAUGAAAAUGGUGUUUCCAGAAAGUACAUUAAAGCUGAGUUGUUCU